UCCCAGUUGAUGUGAACACGGCAUACAUCCUUGAGGAAUUUCUGCUGCGGGUCUGUCAUUCGCAAUCUCAGCCUUUGAUCUCACCACGCCCGCGAGUUCUUUUCACUUCGCUCAGACUACCCUUUUAGCUCUACCAUCUAUCCGGUCACCGCGUGAAGCUCUCCCUGCAAAUAGAGAGAGACACUGUUAUGAGAAACAGCAAAAUAGUCACCUGUAUUCUUUCCUAUCAAGAUGAUGUGGAGUCUUUGGAUCCUGCUGGGCACUGCUCUCAGUGUGGAUGGCUACGUGGUGCCCGACCUGCACAAGCGUCUGUCUCACGGGAAACAGCUGAAGAUCGACCUCCCAAAGAGUGCUGAGAAGCUGGAGUUCACCCCCGCUGCAGAGCCCCUGAAGACCUACCUGUACUGGGACCGUGGCGUCCGGACCACCAAGGGAAAGGUGUCUGGGACAGGAACCGACAGGAGCUGGUAUCUGGACAAAGUGACUUACGAGGACCAGGGGACCUAUGUCCAGAGAGACUACUGGAACAAGGAGAUCUCCUCGCUCAAAGUGGCCGUGACCACCAGGCGUGAGUACACGAAGUGUGUGGCGGGCGAGGAUCUCCACAUCUCAUUGGAGGGCAUCAACCAGGCCGAUGCCACGCUCUCCUUCUCAGGCGCAGACGCCAACGUCACCCUGGUGCAUGAUGGGGCAGUGUUGGCACAGGACCUCCCGGACUACUGGAACCGGGUCAAGACCUUUUCCACCAAGAUCAGCAUCCAGAACGUCAACACCUCGGACGUGGGCUACUACACGCUGAAGGACACGAGAGACAGGGUGGUCUCCAUCGUCAGGAUGGAACUCACAGACAAACAUGAGUAUGAAGCAGGCAACCCCCUUAUGGCCCUCCUCCUCCUGCUUGGUAUCCCUGCCAGUAUCUGCUGCUGUUACCGGAAGAAGAUCUUCAAGAAGAAAGCCCCCCCCACCACCGCCAUCCAAGUGGACAACCCCGAGACUCUGCACCCCCCUCCCGGCUAUAACAUGCCCGGAGGAGGACCUGGUGUCCCGGGAGGUUACCCUCAGGUUCACCCUCCCCCCAACCCUGGGAUGCCAGGCCAGCCUCAAUGGACCGGACCCCCACCUCAACCAGCCUUCAACCCAGGCUACCCCCCUCAGGACCCUAUGUACCCCCCCCAGGGCCCUAUCUACCCCCCUGCCCAGCCCCCACAGUCGAAUGGCCCGCCGCCCAACCAGCCACAGUACAAUCCUGGUGCUCCUCCGAUGGGGUAUGCUCCGGUGAUGUACAGCGCCCCCUCAGGGAAGGUGGAGAUAAAGAUGGAGAACAUGUCUCCUGCUGAUCCCCUCCUUGCCCAUCCACCACCCCAGGCCUCGUCGCCCUUCGCGCCCGCCUACCAGUUCAACAUUGACACAGGAAAGAACGCCACCACCAACUUCCUGUAGAACGCCUCCCAACGGUCCAAUCAGGAGCGGCCUUAGUAAUGUUGCCACGGCUCCGUCCCAAUACAGCUCAAUGGCUUCCUUUUCUCAUCUCCUUGACUGUGACCACUUACAGUGGCUUGCGAAAGUAUUCACCCCCCUCGACAUUUUUCCUAUUUUGUUGCCUUACAACCUGGAAUU